AUCUAUGUUUUAUAUAUUUUGCGACUUGUUUUAAAAGUUAAUGUUUCACAGUUAUUAUGAUAAUGUUUUGUGCUGGAUUUACCAGCCACGCUUUUUAUUUGACCUUAUUCCUUAAGUCCACAGCGUGUUUUAACGUUGUGUGUGUUGUUAUAAUUCCCAUCUCUUCGUUGUUUUAAUUAAUUUGAUUUUCGCUGUCGUCUUUAAAAAGAUUUAAUUAAUGUUAAUUACAAAAAUUAUAAAUGCUGAAUAUUUAAAUGUGAAACCGCGGCACACAUAAAGCAUUAAUAUAACAACUAUAAAUAUACAAGUGAGAGUUUUUACACACGCACCAACAAAAUAAACAAUUCAAGACCAAGUUUGACGUACCCUAUUUUGUUUUGUUGUAACAGCGGUAAUUUAUGUAAAUACGUUGCACAAAAACCAGACGGGCAAGACUGCAUGAUCUAUACACGUUUCUCUUGGCCCGAGGCGAGGCGAGUUAUGUUUGAACGACACGCGUUGACAUUCAAUGCUAUAAGUCUUGUUUGAACAUGGGUAGCUAGUUACAUAAUCUCAAGCAUGAAAGUAGUUAAAGUAUUACUUUUUAUUCUGCCUUUGCUACUACUAGUUACAGCUCAAUAUGACAACCAGAACUCCGACAACUUAUACUCAGAGGACGGCUACGACGAUUAUAUUUCUAUAUUAACAACGACCCCGGUUGAAGAAAUCGCGACCACUCCGCUUAGCGUGGUAACUCAACCUGUAACUGUAACGGGAAAUCAAGCGACUACUUUGAAAUGGGCGGCUAGUGAAGGCGGAAAUAAUCAAUCACGUUCGGUAAGCAGAGAAAGCACGGCGAGCCAGAAAGCACCAACCCGUCAUACCACGCAUAGCUUAUUGCACGACCUUGCAACAGUAGCUGUUGCAACCACACAGGGAGAUACCCGAGAUAGUGACGUCAUAGCUACUACGUCACGGAGCGCACACGUUAUCCCGACAAGGGAAGAUUAUACGACGAACAAAACAACUACAAGCGCCCCUGAAGUAAUCUUAACUCUUAACCCUGUAAGAGUUACUGCAACGACGUUUCAAAACGCGUCAUAUCCGGUGGAAGAGAAUGCAACCAGCGCAAAUGCAAAACAGCAAACAACAACGCAGCGCGACGUAACGCAGCGUACCGAAGCCACUGCUGCAACCUCAGUACCCCUUGACACACCCGUGCCACCAUAUUAUGGACCAGGUCAAGGCGUUGGAAGUCCCCCGUUUAUGGAUUAUGACGUCGGUGGUGAAGGAAGUAACUCGACCACCAGUGGCGACAUCAUGUACGUCAUCAACGUUCCUCUAGCUGUGAUCUUGGCCGCCCACUGGCGGUGGUUUCUUUUGGGGGCAGUGGCCAUCGUGCUGUUGGUUCUGAUACCUGGAAUGAUAAUUCAAAUCAGUUGCAACAAGUUCUACUUAUCCUACAGACGUGAAAAACAUGGGGACGUCGAGAAAAACACUGAAGUGGCGACGAAUCUGGACCAACACCCACCAACCACGGUGUCUGUAAUACACAGUGAGGACAACUCAAUGAGUGAACCCCCACCACCCACCGCCCCAUCAUUUGACCCGCCCCCCAUACCUACUCAACCGGAACAUGACGUCAUCAACUCCCCUGAACCCCCAUUAUACAACCCAGACCCGUAUCCUAGCGACCAACACCGGGUAGUGACGUGUACAGAGCCCGAACAAAGACAGGAUUUAUACGCAACAAUACAUAACAAACAGAACAUCGAAAAUGGGAUCCAACCUCAACAGAAAAGAGAUUACGAAGUCUGUGUGAUCCCAGCGCCCGUUGUAAGGUCGGUAGUGCCGCAAACCCCACAAACUACAAAACAAGCGAUUGGCAAUGAAGCUAUAAUACAAAGUAACCGUACACAGUUGGACCCUAUAGUUACUCCAAGGGUUAAAAACUCAAUUAAACCUACGAGGCCAACAAGACCAAAGGAGUAUAAGAUACAGCAAUCAAAGAGGAGAGAAUCCAACGUGAGAGAACCGAGAGAAAAAAGGCGUGGUUUAAAAACUCAAGAUACAAAUCGAAGAAGAAGAGAAAAUGAGAGAAGGUCAGGCAAAAAAGAUCCUCCAGUUUCGGAUGCGAGAGAAUUGGCAGAGAAGAGAAAAGAGUUAAAGAGGAAAGAAGAGUUGCUCCGACAGAUCAUUGCUGGAGUUACAGAGGCAGAGAUGUUGCAGAGGAAAUUGGAUCGAACCCGGAGGUGGGCUAAAGAGCAGAGACGCGGUAGAUCGGAUGGGAGCAAGGAACCAAAGUCUCAAACCAGGCGGCCGAGGAAAAGUGAAAGAACUCGUUCGGACGAUGGCGCUGCGGAGUUGGAAAGGAAAAUUCCUCGCCCGCAUUAUAAUACUGAUCGUGUGAGAAAGAAACGGAGUUGAUUUGAUUAGUUUUGUUUGCCGUUAAGUAGAAAUGCAGUACAUAUUCUAGUGGUGUGAGACUUAGCGCUGUUAUGUAGAUAACAGGUACGUUGUGGCCAAAUGUGUGGCCAUUGUAAAUGCUGACACGAAGGUACUUUCUGCUACUUUUGCUACUAGGUGUAAUAAUUAAAGAACUAAUUUUUUAGUGCAGUUGACUUUAUACAAAGUUUUUAAUAAAGAUAUUUUUCAUUGUGUAGCGUGACC